AGCAACUCUGUGCUCCAAAGUUCUUUCAUUGUUCCCAUUUUCAGAAUCUGUAACAGUUUUGUCAAAUUUAGGGCUCUAAAACUUCUAUUUAUUCCCUCUUAAGUUUAUUGAAGAAGUGCGAUUCAAUUCGGGUUUUUGAGUUGUUCAGGAUGGCAUUGGGGAUGGAAUUUAACUCUGUGAAUGGAGAGGAAGGUCGGGAGAUGGGAUUCGUGAGAUAUAGUCAAGGUCUCAGAAGGAAAAGGAUUGUGAUUUCAAAUGAAAUGAACUCAUCGAUGCGUCUCGAUUCGGAAAUUGGAACUGCUUUGAAGAGACAAUGCAGCGGCAGGAUCAUGUUUGGGGAUUGUCUCGAGAAAUCUCCACUCGAAUCGCUUCCUCAAGAUAUCCUGAUUAGGAUUCUCUGUGGCGUAAAUCAUGAAGAUUUGGAGAAGCUGUAUCAUGUUUCGAAGACAGUCAGAGAAGCUACUAUGAUUGCGAAGGAAUCACACUUUGCAUUCAGCACACCGAGAAAGACACCAGCUUUUCGAAACUCAAUCAUUCCAGACGAAUCGAGCGAUUCCGGUGAGAUUGAAACUCCAGAAGCACCAAAAGUAUCCCGUCCGUACAGGGCAAGACUGAGCGGGAAACGACUCGCUGCCAUUUCAGUAGCACUGUUUGCUUGAGAAUGUGUGAAUAGCCUGUUGUUGUAGAUUUAGGAGGUGAAUGAAUAGGAGAGAAGAUCUGUGAUCUUUGUAGAUGGCCAGGAUCUAUUUCACAAGCCGGUUCUUCAAAUCUUUCAUUGAAGAUCGAUGGGGGUUUGUAUAAAGCAACAAAAUCUUCCUGUAAAUGUCUACGACAGAAGAAACAAAAAAAAAAGAGAGGAAGAGACAUCAAAGUUUCUUUCUACAGGGUAUUCUUUUGGAGGGUGAUCUUUGCUCUUCUGAUUUGAUAAAGUUUAGAUUUUGAGAUUCAUGUAAAGUGGAUGGAUUCUGCAUACCCUUUCCGUGUUUAAUAAGAGCAUAAUCAAUGAAUGAAUGAAUGAAUGUUUC